AUGUCAGCGCCGCGCGACGCGUCUGCGGCCAAGGAGCGCCACUACCAGCAUCUCGCCAGCGCGCUGCAAAAGCUCACCGCCAACGUCGCCAUGGCGCGCGACCACAUCGAGGAAGCUGGCAGGCAGUCGGAUGUCAUUGCCAGGCUCGCUUGCGGGCAGGCUUCUUUAUUCAUGGCAUCGCUUGAGCAAGUGGACCAAGAGAGCGCAGCAGCAGCGGAAGCGAUGGCACGUGAGGAAGAGCAUCAGUAA